UGAAUUAGUUACAAUUAGAGUGUCAUCAAGCUAUUUAUACCUCUGUUAACUCUUAGAGUCAUCAAGCUAUAUAUACAAUUAGAGUGAAUAUAUUAAUUAAUUCCAAUAAAAUACAAAUGGGUAUAUUUUUCUAAUAUUCAUUUUGAUUAUCUUAAAACCCCAGAGACUUUCUCCGCCCAGUUCCCAACCUCACCUCAGUCUUUAUUUAAGCAACCCCUCUCGUUAAACUUGUUAUAAACCAAAACGUUGAAAAAUAAAAUAAAAACCCAAAUAAUAAUCUAUGGGUGUGUCAGUUGAGACGGUGGAGAGAACCGAUCUCCGGCGACCGUUGGUGGAUCCUACGGACUCGGAGCGAAAACGUCCGGAAGAAGAUGUCGGACUCGAAAGCGUUUUAACGGAGAGCAGCCUCCCGUACCGGAGGCGCAUGUACUUAGGCGCGUGUAUUGAGAUGAAACUACUUUUCCGAUUGGCACUUCCGGCAAUAUUUGUCUAUCUAGUCAACAGCGGAAUGAAUAUCUCCGCUCGUAUCUUCGCCGGACAUAUCGGCAGUCAGGAACUCGCCGCCGCGUCCCUCGGAACCAGCUGCUUCUUUCUCGUCUAUGGCCUCAUGUUGGGAAUGGGAAGUGCAGUGGAGACACUAUGUGGACAAGCAUAUGGAGCCCAACGGUACGAUAUGCUUGGGAUCUAUCUCCAAAGAGCAACAAUUGUCCUUGCUUUAGUGGGUGUGCCCAUGACAUUACUAUACACCUUCUCGUACCCGAUUCUACUUCUGUUAGGCGAGCCCAAAGCGGUUUCGUACAUGGGUUCUAUUUACAUCGCCGGACUCAUCCCUCAAAUCUUCGCCUACGCCGUCAACUUCACGGCGCAGAAGUUCCUCCAAGCCCAAAGCGUGGUGAUCCCCAGCGCGUACAUCUCAGGCGCCGCCCUUCUCCUCCAGAUAUUGCUGUCGUGGAUCACCAUUACAGUAAUGGGCUUUGGCCUUAUGGGAAUCGCUUGUGUUCUCACUAUCUCUUGGUGGGUUAUGGUUGUGGCCCAGACUUUGUAUAUUACAUGCAACCAAAGGUUUAGACACACGUGGACUGGUCUUAGCUCGAAAUCGUUCCAAGGCCUUUGGAGCUUUUUUAAACUCUCUGCUGGCUCCGCCGUGAUGAUCUGUCUAGAAAUGUGGUAUUCGCAGAUUCUGGUUCUUCUAGCUGGUUUGCUCGAAGAUCCUGCUCUUUCUCUAGAUUGUCUCUCCAUCUGUAUGUCAGUUUCAUCAUUAUCCUUCAUGGUCUCUGUUGGCUUUAAUGCGGCUGCAAGUAUACGAACAAGUAAUGAGCUCGGAGCAGGAAAUUCAAAAUCGGCGUUGUUCUCUACAUGGACUGCGACUUCUGUUUCUUUCGUGAUCUCCAUCGCGGAGGCCCUUGCCCUGAUGGCGGCACGUGAUUACAUCGGCUACAUUUUCACGUCGGACUCUGAUGUGGCUAAAGCCGUCUCUGAACUCUGUCCUUUACUCGCCGCCACCGUCAUUCUCAACGGAAUCCAGCCCGUCUUGUCCGGAGUGGCUGUAGGAUGUGGAUGGCAGACAUUCGUGGCAUAUGUGAAUAUUGGUUGUUACUAUUUUGUUGGUAUUCCCGUUGGCUGUGUUCUCGGUUUCACUUUCAAUCUUCAAGCGAAGGGAAUAUGGACCGGGAUGAUUGGAGGUACCCUCAUGCAGACCCUCAUCUUACUUUACGUCACGUAUCGAACAGAUUGGGAUAAAGAGGUGGAAAAGGCGAGAAAACGCUUGGAUAUGUGGGACGACAAGAAGGACACUCUCCAAAAUUAGGGUUAUAUAACAAGUAUGGAAAAGUGUAUUACAAAAAAGAAGAAGAAGAAAACAAGAGUGGUCUGUGGAGGUGGUUUUGAAAAGAAGAUCCUUCUUUCUGAAGCCUUUUAAAUAUAGAACAAAAUUGUUCACAAGAUUUCCUUUUUUUAUUCUUCCGAAAAUGUUGUUGGAUAAUCUAAAGUGGUUAUCUAUUAUAUAAAGAUUGAGUGUGUCUCACAAGGGGGUGACACGUCAGCACCCCUUCUAUGACACCUCAGCUUUUUUUUUUUUUUUUUUCCUAUUUUAGUUUUCGUUCUUUUUUAUCCCUAUUUCUCGAAAACGGGCUGUUCUUUUUUUUCCUCUGUGUCUUCUACUUUUUCUUCCUCUACCUUCAAUCUAGGGUUCCUCUUCUUCUUCCUC